UUUAUAACACAUUGAAAUGUAAUUUUCAAAAAGAGAAUUUAGUAGUCUAUUUUUAAAUAUACUUAGAGAGUUAAGAAAAGAAUGUGUUCUGAAAGAAGAGGAAAGGGGAAGAACUAGAUUGUGUGCGUAGUUAAUAAUAGUUAUCGUACCAUGUGUGUCCCAUAAUCAUAACAAUCUAAUGACGCCAUAGUAUAAAAUUAAGUAUGCAUGCAGUGCUUCAGUUUAAAAAAAAAACAGUAAUUAAACCUGCGUAUGAAAAAUAUUUUGCAUAGACUAUUUUUAAGGUUUUUUACCUCGAAAAUUUGAUAUCAAACGUGACCAUGGUCGUCUUUAAUGUUAUGUUUUCAUGUUGUCCCUACAAGUCUAAUCAAGAUUUUGUAUCUUGCAUCAAAUCAACACUGUGUUUAGUUUCAAAUAUAAUUCCUAUCUUUGUUUCCUAUAAUUUGGCAUUAUUUCUCUACAAGAACAUGAAAUUGAUGUAAUUGAUAACAAUAUACUCAAAAUAAAUAUGCGUACAAGAAUUGAUUGUUGUUCUAAAAAUAGAUUUAAGCUUGUUUACUUUUCAGAGAUCUUAUCUUACACGUCUUAUCUGUUUGUGUAUUAUCUGUUACUACGCUUGAACUAGUACCGGUCCACUACUGCCUGCAGUGUACUCAAUACUCCCCGGGUUUAAAAUUAAAUGUCUGAUUUGGCGGGGAGAGAUCAUCGAACAAGAGUCUAUGCCUAGGUUUAUUCAGCUCCAGACCCUGAUAAACACACUAGAAACAAUCCUCAAAAUGCCAGGAAAAACACAUUUCCCUCCAGACCAACUUCAAAAUGGAAUCCCUAAAAAAUGUGUUCCGGACUUAAACAAGGAAAAUAAGAAGAAACCAUUUAUCGUAUCAAUUGAAGGGAAUAUAGGAUCUGGGAAAUCUACCAUGCUCAAGUAUUUUGAAAGAUAUUCAGAUGUAGAACUUAUACCUGAACCUGUAGCUGAAUGGUGUGAUGUUAACGGUCAUAAUUUAUUAGGAAAAAUGUAUCAAGAUCCUAAACGAUGGUCUUUUCAGUUUCAGAGUUAUGUCCAGCUAACUAGAUUACAGUUGUUGAAGAAGCCGACUGAUUGCUCCGUGAAGAUCAUAGAACGCUCACUACAGAACAACAGAUACUGCUUUUUGGAAAACGCAAGGAACAACCCAGAAUUGGUGGAAGGACGUCGACGUGAGGAGACUCUUGCUCCAGCCGAACUAUCCGUCCUCUACAAUUGGUUCGAUUUUCUAAAGAACAACAUGGACAUUCAUCUAGAUCUAAUUGUAUAUCUCAGAACUAGUCCGCAGGUAGCGUACGAUAGAUUACGAGAAAGAGGAAGGAAGGAAGAGUCAGGAGUACCUAUGGAGUUCAUUCAGCAUUUGCACCAGUGUUAUGAGGACUGGUUGAUCACGGAGAAGUUUGGUUCUCCUCCUGCUCCUGUCCUGAUCCUAGAUGCAGAUCAGGGGAUGGAUUCCAUGCUCAAGAUAUUUGAGAAAUACAAGGAUGAGAUUCGAGGAGUGAAACCGUACACGGCAGACGAACUAAUCCCGCAUCCAUCAAAUCCAAUCAAAAUAUAAAGCAUCGUUCAUAGAUCCUUGAUCAUUGAUCAACCUACAGUGCUGUGGAGUAGUUUCUUGGGAUUUCUUUAUCACUCAAUACUAUUCAAAUUUCCUCGUCAAGAGUCUUGUACAUUUGUUUGCGUCUUCUUCAUUCCGGAAAGUUUCCGACCUACCAGUAAUAUCAUUUAUCAUGUGCGAAAGGAAAUAGUCCGUUGCAAGAUGAUCAAUGAGUUCAGUUCAGUUGUUCUGUGUUAAAAUAUUGCUAAAGAUAUUAUUCUUAUUUUUAUGUUUUGAUAUAAAUAAUUGUGAAACAUAAACUUUUAUAAAAAAAAAUAAUAGAUGGAAUGGUCCUAAUCCAACCAGUUUUAUAAUUAAUCAGUUUUUCAUAUAACAAAAAAAUGAAGAUAUCCAACUUGUAGAUAAUUGUUAAACAUUUUACAAAGGAUCAAUUUUGCUAUGUCUGUCAACUAACGGUUAACUAUUAGUUAUUAACUGCUACAAUUUUCUUAUCAGAUUGUUUAAUCUGAUUGAUAUUUUAAUGUUUCAAACAAUGACAUAUGAUUAUCAUAUUAAUAAAUUCCUUAUACUUUGUAAUAAAGACUAUUUGAACACA